GGCUAAAAUAUAAUGUAUUUUAAAGUUAUUCAAUGGUUCAACCUCGACCAACACAAUUAGUCCAAUUUUUAUCAUUUCAAAUAUAUAUUUUAUAAUGAUUUGAUAUCAUAAUGAUCAAAUUAUAGUGUAUUUUAUAGGGAAUCGUUUGGUAUUUGUUAGUAAAAAAUUAAACAUAAAGAUCUAUUUGGUUAUUUUAAACAUUAUAACGAUUCUAAACAUUUUCAGUUUCUUUUGAAUUUUUAUGGUUUUAUUCCCGAAUAAGUGAUGUGCAAAUGGCGAAUUGUAGUCGUCUCUUUUCUUUCACUAUUUUUUAUUUUCAAAUAGAAAGUUUAAAAGUAAAGAAGAAUUAGAAUUUGGCAUGGGUCGUCAAACAGGCUGAAUUUCAAGUUUUGGCCCGUUUGUUUUAUGCAUUGCAAAUUUAUUAGCAUUUUGAUGGAAAUGGCUUGGAAAAAAGACAUAUAAGUUGUACCUUUGCAGAAAUGUCCUCAAAUGUUUUAAUGCUUUGUGAAUCAAGUUCUGUGACUUUUGUGAUGGUGUAUGUGCUUGACAAUUGCUCGAUGUUGUAAUUGCUUAAUUUGAGAGUAAAUCUUUUGAUUUUCCCUAUGAGUUGUGAUACUAGUUCUGGUGGUUGCAGCAUGUUGUCGUUGUUAGCCUGUAAAAGUUGUUCCGCCGUGGUGCUAAAUACCUUUCUUUCUUUUUUAACAAAUUGUGUAGUAGUGCUAUGAAACAGACCACCCAUGAACGCUACGCUUAUUAUGGUCUGUUCUUACUUCCGGUGGUGAGAAAUUGUGAAUUGAGAAUCAUAUUCGCCUACCGCACUGUGUCUGGCUGGUGGCUGCUUACUGUGCUCUCUAGAGUUAUGAAACAGACUACCCAUGAACGUUUCCCUUAAGAGUCCAUAACUUUUGCGAAAAACCAAAUUUAGGCAAUCAAAGGUGGUGUAUGUGUGAUGAUUUUUUAUGGCUUAAUUGUUUGUGAAUUGGAUAUCUGAUCUUUGUAUGAUUGGAGGGGAUGUUUGCUUAAUAGAAUAAUCCAUUUUAAUUCAUGUUUAUUUUUAACAUGAACUUUAGUAACUCAAAACCUUCGAGACACAUAUCACCUACUGCAUUGUAUCAUUUUGCCUGGGUGCUUGCUGUGUUGUCAAACUUCUUUGUUGCUGCUGCUUUUACACUAACAGGGGAGUUAAGAACCCAUGAAUGUUUCCGUUUGACACAAACAGGAGGACUUGCUUCUAAAUCGUGCACUAAAGAUGAUUGGAGGAAACAUCUCUAUUGCAGUUGAUAUACUGGAGACCAGAACAAAAGCAAUGUAUAACAUCAAAACCAACCAUCUGAACUAUUAGCAUUAUUGCUUUACUAUUUUUUCGUGGUUGAGUCUCCUUCAAAAAAUUUAGUUUGAUUUUAGAAAAUUUUGCUUCUGCAGUCCUGUCUUGCCACCAACGCGUUCAGUAGAUGGAGAUGGCAGAGGCGAAGGCUAUUUUUGUGUUGUUGUUGCUGGUUUAGGGAUCGGUUUGUGAAGAAGAGGGAGAAGAGAGGGGGAAAAGGAAAUGCAGGAGAGGGGGGUAACUCUUUUCUCUGACAAAAAUGGAGUGAAGAAGGGAAUUAUGAUCAGUAAGGAUAUGGUUUACAUAACGGUCUCUAUUCUGUUUGAAUUGAGCUUGGGAGGCAGUGAUAAGGACGAGCUGCAACCAAUUCAUAGUGAGAAGAGAGCUAUGAACUGUGAUCAUGUCUUAUUUCAAGUUAGAAGGUAGUUUCAGUAUAAGAAUUAUUUAAUUUGACAAGUUGUUUCGUCCAUGAUUCUUGGUAGUUUCAGUGUCAUUCUAGCCAUUGUUUAGUCUGUAAUUUUUGAGAAUUGAUGUGCGAGUAAUGACUUUCACUUAGCUUCAACUAUUAUGUGUGUAUUUAUUGACAUGUGAUAGAAAUCUCUUUUCCUUUUCUUUGAAUUCAGUUUCAUACUCUAAUUGUAUCAUUUGUACAUAGGCAACUCAUGCUCGAGAUGACAACUCGCUGAUAAGGCUGGUGCAAGGAACGGAGCCAUCAUUAGAAUUUAUACCGACAACGGGGAGGGAUGCCCAGGACUAAUUCAAUGAUGAUUGAUGAUGGUAUAAUAAAAACUGCAGUCUGCAUCAACACCAAUUUCUAGGCCUAAGUAAAGUUAUUCAACCCAGAACUCUGCUUAGCGCUAAAAAUUUCCCUCACCCAACCUUGAUCCUGUUUGACCCACUUCUGAAGAGUCAAGAUAUAUGAAUAUGACUAAUCCUCUCCGUUCGUAUUUUCUUAUUGACUCUUUCUGACCCUUUAGGUUGGGGCGGGUCGGGAAGAAUCGGAUUAGUGGGUCGGUCCUAAUCAUGUGGAAUCUCAAUCCCUUCACUCUCACUUGCUUUCUCUCCUAUUCCACAAGUGGGUAACAAACAGUAAUCUGGCCAAUGGGCCGGGUAAUAGGCUAGUUUAUUUUGAGAAAGAAAAAAUUAGAACGAACGUUGUUAUCCUAGAAAUGGAAUGGGAAAGUAAUAACAAAGCGAUCUUUCGGUGUGAUCUUCUUCUACUUCGAGGCUUCGACCAACCUCUCUCUCUCCACACCAACAACCCGUAGGCCAUAGCUGUCUCCAUCACUCCCAGCAGCUACUCAAGGUCAAGGUCAUCCACCUUCAUCUUGCCGACGCAAGACCUCCACCGCCUCCUCAUCUACUCGCUCCGUCCCACUCCUCCUUGCCGCUGCGCCGUUUCUGCCUGGCUGGCGGCGCCCUUUCCCACCACUGUUGUUAGGAAAAAGGUAACUCGUCGGUUAUGAUCUCUGAGAAAUUCUUUGCUCUGGUCCCGGGGAAUACUGUUACCUAGGAUCUCUAAGAUCACUCCAAACCUUCCCUCUCUGUCUCUCUCUGCUUUUGAAUCGGUAUAUCUAUAUUCUUUUGUGUCGUUCGUUGAUCAAUUUCAGCUUCUCAUUCGGAAUACUGUCGGCUGCUUUUUCCCUUCUGGGUUUAGACAUUCCUCUUUCCCUCGCUAGGACAGGUUGCCGCUUCCCUUAGAACUCACAAUUUGGUUUCACAACACAUGAUCCAUGCCUCCAUGGUCUCUUUUAGACGCAUAGUUUGCUCCUCUUGAUCAAGUUGAUUUCAUUCUGUAGUUUAUUGGGCUUCCUAUUUUGUUGAGUAGCUAGGCAAUGGUGGUGCUUAUUCUCUUGGGAACUGAAUGCAUUAGUGGAACAAUUUAAGAUCAUUUGAAGAUUCUUCUGGGCGCUUGGUAUCAGGUUUCAGCUCUUGAACCUAAGUUUGAGUAGUAGCGUGAACUCAGAAACAUUACAGGCCAUCUGUCUUUGAGUUAAGAGGGUUUGCUACUCGAGUAAAGCUCUCAGCUGGGUGAAUGAAAACAUCUCAACUUGACAAAAUUGCAUCCAUUCUCCUCCCUUGAUAAUUAUCACUUAUUUUACAUGGAAAUUUCUCCUUGUUCAAUCUUUCUAUUAUCUGAUAUUGACUGUGAAUAAGCUGUCCAGUUUCUUGUUUGUUAGGAAAUGGAGUAGCUAGCAAACCCUACUUUUUUGGUUUUCCUUAUUUUCUUCCUUUAAAACAACUAACUAAUAAGCCCUCUAUUCUUGAUGGGGAAAAGAGAUGCAAGAAACAGGUCUUUCCCUGAGUAACUUGUUUAUGUCAUUUUUGCUGCAGUAAGUCCAUUGUGGUCUGAGGGUGUCUGCUUGAGAGAGCUAUGGUGUUUAUCAUUACAAUGGUGGAUCUUGCGUGUCUCGUGUACAGCUUGUAAGCCAUAGAAAGGAAAGGUCACUUGUUCAGAAAAUUAUUUCUCCCAUGGAUAUAAAAGGAGCUUAUGAUGUUGAGCACAUGAGUUUAAAAUCCGGAAUGGAGCAUGAAUCAUGGCCUCUUGAUGAGAUUGAUCCAAAGAAGGCAAAAUUUCCAUGUUGUCUUGUUUGGACUCCAUUCCCUGUCGUCUCAUGGCUGGCACCUUUUAUGGGGCAUGUCGGCAUUUGCAGGGAGGAUGGAGCUAUUUUAGAUUUCUCAGGCUCUAAUUUUGUGAGUGUUGACAAUUUUGCAUAUGGUGCUGCUGCCAGAUACCUUCAACUAGAUCGAGACCAGUGUUGCUUCCCACGAAACCGUGCUGGCCACACAUGCAAGCAUGGCUUUAUGCACACAGAGUACGGGACUGCAAUUACUUGGGACGACGCCUUACGUGCAAGCAUGUCUUCCUACGAGACCAAGACUUACAACAUCUUCACAUGCAAUUGCCUUUCCUUCGUUGCAAACUGCUUGAAUAGGGCCUGCUAUGCUGGAUCGAUGGACUGGAACAUGCUACGCGUUGCUGCCCUCAUUCUGUUCAAGGGCCACUGGAUCGACUGGAAAUCGAUCGUCAGAUCGUUCCUCCCAUUCGUGGUUGUGCUCUGCUUGGGUGUAUUGCUGGUUGGGUGGCCUUUUCUACUGGGUCUGCUCUCCUUUUUCCUCCUGCUCAUUGGGUGGUAUGUGAUUUGUACAUAUUGUGUAAAGAACGUUUUGGAGUGCUAGUGGAUGUUGUAAGUGGCUGCAAAGUUCAUAUUGGAUUAAGAUCUGUGUUGGCUGAUCUUGCUCAACUUGCUUCAGGAUAAUAUAUUAUUUUAAAUGGU